CCCCCAAGGCCAUCCAGCUCUAUCUGCAAUGUGAUGCCCCAGCCUGCACCACAUUAUGACAAUACAGCUACCAGAGGUCUCAUGGAAGUAUAGAACAAGCCCUGGGAGGGUAAAGCUAAUCCCAAUUUUAUAAUGUCCAUUUAUAAGAUUGGAAAUAUCUGCUAUAUCAAGUCAUCCGUCUGGAUGUGGAGGUUUUUUGAGAGAGAGGAUAUUCAGCAUUGAUAAACGGAUUUGUGGAUUUGCAUGGGGUAAAAACAGAGCCAAAAAUAAACAUCUGAAAUUGAAUCUCAGCACUUGAAUGAUGGCUCCUCAGCUGUAUACACAUGCUUUCAAUAUCUCUUCAGUAGAGAAUAGGAGAUUGUGUAUAAAUGGAACACCAUGGAUUUGGCAUCUCUUGGAAGAAUGUGUAGAAAAUGCGUGGGAGUACUGGAGCGUUGUCAUAGGACUGAUUUCCAUUGUCUGUUUUCUGUUUGCUGCACUACCUCAACUUUAUGUUGCUUAUCAGAAUGGAAAAGUGGACCAAGCACUCUCUCUGGGCUUUUUGCUGUGUUGGAUUGGUGGGGACCUUACAAAUUUCAUAGGCUGUUAUUUAACAAAUCAACUGCCAAUUCAGAUUGUCACUGCCAUCUUUUAUGUUAACAUGGACAUAAUUGUGAUCUCACAGUUUGCCUACUAUAAGCUCAAGAAUCAGAAGACAACAAAAUGCAGCAUAAACCUGAAGAAUUUCUGUGUAACCUGGGUCUUGAUGUGUAUAACAUUGUGUGUAAUUUUACCCAGUCAGCUACUGCUACGAAACCAAGACCAGAGUACUGUGCUGGAAGCUAGCAAGAACACUCUUGGUAUGAUAGAAAUGUCAGGCUUCAUUUGUGGCUAUGUAUCUUGCAUGUUUUACUUGGGAUCUAGAUUUCCCCAGCUGUAUAAAAACAGGCAAGGAAGGAAAACUGCACAUCUUUCAGAGAGGACAGGAGAAGUAGAUCUGAAUCUGAAGGUGGGGGCAGAGUUCCAGAGAAGGUCCACAGAAGGCACAUCUUACCUGCUGUUUGCAUUAGCCAUGAUGGGAAACUGUACUUAUGGACUGAGCCUUGUUUUAAAGAUGCCUGCAGCUAAGGCUCUCAGAAACCUCUACUUUUUACACCAUCUUCCAUGGCUCAUUGGGAGCUUUGGAGUUCUGUUUCUAGAUAUUUUUCCUUAUGAAUUUAAGUGCAACACAUCCACAGAGGAGCCUUGGGGCAGGUCUACAUACAGCCCAGAUCGACACUCUGAGAUUGAUCCAUUAGUGGUCGAUUUAGGGGGUCUAGUGAAGACCCGCCAGAUCAACAGCAGAUCGCUCUCCAGUCUAUCCCUGUAUCCAACCCCUGACGAGAAGAGUGAGGGAUUCCUUGAAAUACAGCCAGCUCUCCUGGACUCCUUUCCCCUUCAAGUUAGUCCCCCAGGGGAUCCUGGCCAUCCGUUCCCUGAGGGAGUCGAAGUCUGCCUCACAGCAGGAGUUUGCCUGGGACUGAUGACUGCACAAUUUAUUAUGUAUCGCAAGCAGAACAAGAGAAGACCCAGUUUAGUGGCAAUGGAAGUGGAACCAUUACUUGUGAACGAAGAGGAUUCCUAACAUCUCUAUGUACUGUUAUUUUUUUUCAAUAAAGUUUACAUUUGGAGGACUUGAAGAUUUUUCACAGAGUAAAGAUUAAAAUUGCAUAGGGACCAAGCUUAUUGUCAGUGGCUUAUUCUUUGUAAUAUUGUGAAGAUACUACAAAAGAAAAUAUUAUUUAAUGUCUACUGUACUGUAAGUGCUAAGAUGGCACAUGUAAUCAACACAUUUUCUUCUGAAUUACCACAGUUUAGUCUUUUGUCUCUUGCAAUGUGUUGUGCUCUACAGUGAGGAGUGCUUUAAAAAUACCUAGAAUAUAUAAUCUCAUGGUAUAUUCCAUAUUGUAAAAUAAUUCAGAAGUGUGCUGGAUAUACUGUUGUAAUUCAGUGCAGAUAUUUUCUCAACCUAGCAAGCUGUUGCGGCAAAAUGUAGUAUAACUAAACUGUAAAUUAUAAGGCCAUCUGAACAUUUUUAAUCCUGCCACCAUAUGUAAACAGCAGGCCUAUAUUUUGUAGAUACACAUAUAUAGCUCAUUAAUGAUAACAUGGAAAUAUGAAGUCACCAACUGAAAUUCACCCAUGUGCCACAAGUCCUCACAAUGCAUAUAUAUCACUUAAGGACAGGUUUCAGAGUAGCAGCCGUGUUAGUCUGUAUCUGCAAAAAGAAAAGGAGUACUUGUGGCACUUUAGUAACAAAUUUAUUUGAGCAUAAGCUUUCGUGAGCUACAGCUCACUUCAUCGUAGCUCAUGAAAGCUUAUGCUCAAAUAAAUUUGUUAGUCUCUAAGAUGCCCAAGUACUCCUUUUCUUUUUUGCAUAUCACGUAAGGUUUUUUUAAGCCUUCAGAAUAGGGUGGUGCAUAGGCCUUGUGUGGGCUCUCCAUACAGGGCUGAAUUUCAUCCACUUCAAGAGGAGAACGAAGCCUUUAAAUGCCUUUAAUUGAGUGAUUUUAAUCCAAAGGCCAAAUUCUGAACGCAUAAGAACAUGUAAUGGGUCUGUUCAUGUAAUUCCCAUUAAAAUAAUUGGGAGCCUCACACACAGUCCAGUAUAGAAUUUUACUCUGUGCAUUUGUUCUCUUCUUGAUGUGUGCACGUUAUUUUCAUUAAGAUAAUACUUGUUUAGUGCAUGUUAUGUGGAAUGUACUUAUAAAUUACUGUAUAUCUACAUUUUGCACAACCUUCCUCUCUUUUCAGCCUUCUGCAUACAUAUGGUCUAAUAAUUAGAAAUUAGAGAUAAAAGACUGAGUGCAUUUUUUUUUCUAAUGAAGGAUUACUGGGAGGUAUGUCUUUAAUUUUAUAUACUUUGAGCAAUAGAGACAAGGAAAAAUAAAUCAUUUUGUCCAAAAUGUGUAUUGAAAAGUAACUAAACUUUUUGCUGACAAAAACUGCCAUAAGAUUGUCAACAAAAAAAUUCUCACCAUUUUAAAAAUCUAAAUCUUGUGUCUCUUCAUAUGGAUUAUUCAGGAUUUUCCUUUUGUAUAAAUUCUGAUAACAGUGUUAAAAGGGACACUUAAUUUGAAACUUAUCCAAUUUAAAAAAUAAUAGUUUCAGUUACUACAUCUGCCCCUGAGUUCCCCUGCUAAAUUUUGUGGUUUUACAUUUUCUAAAUUUUAAAUCCUUUUCUGUCUUGUCACACCUGUAUAAAAUGAGAAAAAAAAUUAACUGUGGGGAUACAGUCUGUACGGUAAGUGCUGUCAAAUGUACAGACUGAAAAUAAAGUUAACUCUGUAACCUUUCACUAGAGUUUAAGUAUUACUUCUAAAAACAUGUUAAGGAUCAAACAAUUUUUAAAUUAAGACAUAAAAUAAUCUUCCAUUAAAGUUGGAAUGAUCUAAUCACUGCAGCAGUAUGUUAUGUGCAAGUUAAAAUCAGUCAUUAGUCCACAAAACCUAAGACUUUGCAGAUAGUAUGAUAAUGUUACAUAUUGUAGGUAGCAUCAAAUAGCAUUGUAUGUACUGUAAAUAGUUGCAACAGUUCUAUAUUGUGUAAUACUGAAUGUGAUACAGUAAAUAUUGACUGGUCAAUGUAAUUAACAUAUCUUUCUUACUCAGCAAUAAUUCUAGGGUUUCUGUUUGUGGUUUUAAAGUUGCAACAACAACUAAGAAAUGCUGAAGUAGUGAGCAAGUGGAAUUAUCCCACUGAGUAUCUUGGAAGUAUUCCUCCAAGUGCUUUUAAGAUACAUACCAGUAUUAGAUUUCAGAGGAACAGCCGUGUUAGUCUGUAUUCGCAAAAAGAAAAGGAGUACUUGUGGCACCUUAGAGACUAACCAAUUUAUUUGAGCAUGAGCUUUCGUGAUGAAGUGAGCUGUAGCUCACGAAAGCUCAUGCUCAAAUAAAUUGGUUAGUCUCUAAGGUGCCACAAGUACUCCUUUUCUUUAUACCAGUAUUAGGCAAUUCUUUCCUUGACUUUAGUGGGGCUUUCUGUGCGCACCUGGGAUCAGUCUGCUUGGAGAAGUUUGCAGCAUCAGGUUCUAAGUGUAUGUUUGAGAUGAGUAUGUAUACUUCCUGAUUUCUUAAACUGUUGGGAGGGUGGGUUAGAAUUUGAUCUUUCCACUGCAUAAAUUCAGAAACAAUUUGUCUCACUUGUAGAUUUAUAUGCUGUAUUUAAGAGAUUAACCAAAAUCUUCCCUUGCUGGUGAUUUAAACCGUAUCUUGUUACUUUUUAAUGCAGUUAACAUUUGUUCUUGUAUCAUUGCUUCAAGGAUUAUCUUCCCUUUUCAUUACAUAUAGUAAUCCUGUUUUGUGUUGUGUGUCCUGAGUUUAUGUUGCUAUGGUUUAUUGAAACAACUAAAUAUAGGUGAUAAACUAAAUCACAGUAAAUUUUGUAAGAAUAUUGAAAGAUAAUGUAACAUCUUAAUAUAUAACAAUAUUAAAUAUUGUCAUUAUUUAUUGUGUGUGCAUGCACAUGUGUAUAUAUUUAGGAUAGUGUAUAGUUUUAAUUGAAUACUUUAGCUUUAAUAAAAAUAGGUGUCAAGGUAAAUCUUUUGCUGUAACUGUUAACCAAAUAAAUAGUUAUUUCUCA